AUGGCAACACGCUAUUCCCGCUACCUGUUUCCGUUGACCCGGAAUAUACGCACACAAGCCCGCUACGAUUAUACGCCCCUGGAUGCCGAAUCGAGCAGAGGGCCAUUUUACUCAAGACCUCCAGGAUUGACUACACCAAGACAGCUAGUGCAGUUCUUAGAUGAGUUUGUGAUUGGACAGGAGAAUGCGAAGAAAGUCCUGUCUGUUGCCGUGUUCAACCAUUACAAUCGCGUACAUGCAAAUCUGUCUAUGAUGGAUGAUAGCAGUGGCGAUGCAGAUUGGGUAGACCAGACAGCUGAGGAAGCACGACUUGGAGUGUCGCCUGCGCAUCUACAUCCACAUCCCAACCGGAUACCACUGUAUACAAUGCCACUUCAGCCCCGACAGCCAAUGCCAUUGUUCGAGAAGAGCAACGUCCUUGUCAUUGGGCCGACUGGAUCUGGCAAGACACUGUUGGCGAGGACAUUGGCAAAAGUUUUGGACGUUCCUUUCUCAGUCAGUGACGCGACCUCGUUUACGCAGGCAGGCUAUGUGGGCGAUGAUGUGGAUGCGUGUAUUCAACGGCUGCUACAAGCAGCAAACUGGGAUCCAUAUCGCGCGAAUAUGGGUAUAGUGUACAUCGACGAAAUCGACAAGAUUGCGCGGAAGUCUGGCAGUGGUGGUGUCGACGGCACACGAGAUGUUGGGGGCGAAGGCGUUCAGCAAGCAUUACUUCGCAUGAUGGAAGGCACGACUGUCACUGUCCAAGCGAAAGGGGCUGCCGCUGUUGCUCCGCCCAUCGGAGGCGAAGGCCGGACAAGAGCGGGCCCGCGCAAUCCCGGUCUGGGCGGUCCCCGGCCAGAAGCAUAUUCCAUCGACACUUCUAACGUCCUCUUCAUCUUAAGUGGCGCAUUCGUUGGUCUUGAGAAUAUUAUUAAGAGGCGUGUUGUCAAAGGGUCGAUCGGCUUUACUGCCAAUCUUUCAUCAAACUCGGAAGCAGAGACACCCUCAGCAAUGCCAUUCUUCACGCCCAAUAAGAGGUCGAAAGCAAGCGUUCUUGACCACGUUGAGCCUGAUGAUCUAGUCAAAUAUGGUUUUAUACCAGAGUUCAUUUCGCGAAUGCCUUCUCUGACCACGCUGUCGCCAUUGACCCCAUCGGAUCUUCGGCGAGUCCUCACUGAUGUUCGAGGUUCUCUAAUAUCGCAAUACACCGCGUUAUUUGGAUAUUCCGGCAUUGAGAUCCGAUUCACGAGUGCUGCACUAGACGAAAUAUGUCGGAAUGCAGCUGAACGUGGUGGAGGCGCGAGAGGUCUUAGAGGAAUCAUGGAGUCUCUGCUACUAGAACCUAUGUACGAAGCCCCGGGAUCGUCAAUCCGGCACAUUCUCAUCACGGACGCCGUUGUAAAGGGUGAAAAGUCUGCGCAAUAUUGGACAAAGGGCGAAGCACCAGAGUUUUGGGCAGCAUGGGCAGAGGAAGAGGAACGAUAUCCGGACAAUGGGCUCGGCAGAUUGCACUGA